AUGGUGAACACACAAGUUGGGGGAGCAAGCAUGAGGCCUGUCCGUUUCUCUAACGCAGCAUCGCGGCGGCAACCAAUAAUUAACAAACAGCACUCGGUUUCUUCUGCUACAAGAAACGAAGGAGUAAUUAGUCUCGCGCACUUAAGGGACAAAAAGGCUCCAGGUACCGAGUUAACCCUCUCCAUAAACCCUGAUAUAUGGGAAAUCAAGAAACAUCUCACAGUGAGCGACAUGAGAAACAACCAAACACGCCUUAUGCUACCUAAGGAUGAUGUGGUUGCGCAUAUUCUGGACUACCUAACGGAUGAAGAGCGCCUAAUGAUCGAAGAUGCAAAUAAUCGAGGGUUGAGGAUCAGAGUGUACGACAGCGAUACUGAGUCUUUGCAUCAGCUGACUUUGAAAAAGUGGCAUUCAAGUGGAAGCUAUGUGUUCAUUAGCAAUUGA